AUGGGGGACAUCAGCACAGGGGACGAACACAGCCGCGGAAACUGGGGCCACUUGGACCAGGUGGCUGCGCUGCGCUGGGUCCGGGACAACAUCGCCAACUUUGGAGGGAACCCAGGCUCUGUGACCAUCUUCGGAGAGUCAGCAGGAGGCGAAAGUGUCUCUGUCCUUGUUUUAUCUCCUCUGGCCAAGAACCUCUUCCACCGGGCCAUUUCUGAGAGUGGUGUGGCCCUCACUUCUGCUCUGGUCCACAAGGGUGACAUCAAGCCCCUGGCAGAGAAAGUUGCUGUCACUGCUGGGUGUAAAACCACCACCUCGGCUGUCAUGGUUCACUGCCUGCGCCAGAAGACAGAGGAGGAGCUCUUGGAGGCCACGUUGAAAAUGGUACGUGGGUCCGUUCUAGGCCCCCAGCCUGUAGUCAUGGCCCCAGGCUUCAUCUUUUCAGUUGUCCUUUCGCCCUGAAAAAACUCCCUGGGACAAUUUUUUACCUCUCAGGAGCAUCUGGGUCUGAAUAGAGAAUUUCCCUUUUCCUUUUUUAUUGUAGCAUAUCUUAGAUAUCAGAAGUCCAAAAAUAACAUGGUGAAAAAUUACGUAAUAAUCCCACAGUUUUAUCAAAACCUAAAUUUUUUCAUUCUUGUUUUCAGAUGUGUUUUAAGAAAUUAAACAUUACAUAUUCCCAGGGGUAGCCACCAUCCUGAAUUUGGGCAAUGGGGAUAUUAAUCACAGAAAUUUCUGAAUGAUAUCACAAUUUAUCUUGGUUGAUUUAGAAACUAUGUCAAUUAUAACCCAAUGGUACCCCAAUUUAUAGAUUUUCUGAAACUCUGCCUCAAUUGUCAAUGUAGUAUAGCCAUUCAUCUACUCAUGCAUUCAUCUACCAUCUUAUGAUCCACCUACUCAUGCACUAAUCCAUCUGAUUCAUUGCCACCCUAUAACCAAGCUAAUAUCAGUCCAUCCAUGAGUCUUCAUUAUGUAUUUCAACUCAUCCAUCAUCAGUGCAUCAUCCAGUCACCUUAUAUCUUCACUUCAUCAUCCAUUCCUCCAUAAUCAAUGAUCUAUCCAUAACCUACCUGCUACUUAUCAUCCAUCUUUCCAUGUAUCCAUCCAGUUUACCCAAACUGCAUGCAUUGACCAACUCCAUCCAUCCAUCCAUCUAUCCAUUCAUGCUAGGAGUCUGGGGUGGGUGGGGAGAGUGUCAGGGCAAGUGAUACAGAUAUAGUUGGACAUAGUCCUUGCUCACAAGAAGCUACCCAAGGAGAAACACACCCAUAUACCUAGUAGGUUGAAUAUGGUGGAGUAAAGGGAGGGGAAAUAUUCCUUAUAGUCAUCAGACAUGCUUCACAGAGAAUGUGACAUGUGAGGAUUGAUGGAUGGCUGUGGCAUUCGUCUGUCAUUAUAGGGAAGUUCAGCAGGACAAAUGCCCAAGGAAUACAGCAUGUAGGGUCAAUGGGAGCCAUUCCUUUGGUGGGAGAAGAGUGUGAGUUGUGAGGGCAGCAGUAGCCUGAGUCUCGGACCCCUUAUCUGGACCCUGCACACCUGUGGAUACUUCUGGAACCCUAGGGCAGGCCUCUAGCUCUGGACUCUACUUCCAUGUCCAUAUGUUGAAUCCAUCUGGCUUUAGGAUUUGAGUGUUGGUUUAUCAUACUCUGAUGAGGUGGCCAAGUGUUCAAAGAAUUAAAACACAACUGUAUUAUAAUUACUGAAUAGACCCAAAUAUUUCAGCAGUUCUCCAUGUGGCACAAGAGGACCCAGCUUAUAAAGAAAGAUUUGAGGCCUUUGGGAAAACCCAGAUCUAAGCUAUCAGGACAUUCUUCAGAGAUCUCUGAGAUCUUGUGGAAAUGCUUCUGUGAUUCUCCACUGACUCCAGUAAACUCACUCACACACACACACACACACACACGCACGCACACACACACACACACACAUAUAUCUGGUUGGUGGGCUACAGUCCAUAAUGGAGGAGCCCUCACUCAUCACUUCCUGCAUAGAGGUCAGACCUGGUAACUAUACUGCAACAUUGCAAUCACUGCAAUUUUGGUGAAAACCAAAGAGAAGCAUGGGGUAGAAUGAGUCUCAGGGAGGUUUUGAGUCAGGAAUUUCUAAUGUAAGAAGAGAAAACUCAAGUUGCAAUGAGCAGAAAAAGAAAUCUUUGUAAAAAACAAUUCAGGUAAUGGAAAAGUCCAGCACUAGAUGGCUUCAGGCAUGGCUGG